UUGUAUCCUCACAUUCGUAAAUAAGCAGUUUAUUUUAUAAUUUGUGAAAAGCUGUAAAAAUUUUAAUAUGGACUAUAAUAUUCAUAAAAUUUGUCGAGUAUGUCUAGAAGAAGGAGCACUUACGUCCAUAUAUAGUACUGAAUUUGCGAUGAUGCCUUGCACCAUGUUGAUGAUGUGUGCCAAAAUCAGGGUUUAUAAAAGUGAUGGUUUACCUGCAGUCAUAUGCAAUAAUUGCAUUUACCGUUUGGGUGUGGCGUACCAUUUCAAACAAGAGUGCGAGAACUCUGACAUGAGACUGCGACAAUACUUGGGCUUGCAGGAUAGAGGAUAUGGUUUUUCCGAUGCCGAAACAAACACGGAUUUGCCAGUUGCAUCGUUGAGCCAUAAGGCACCUACAUACUUAGAGCCCGAUUCUGAGGAGGAAUCAGAUGUAGGUGAGAAUGUAAAAAAAAGUAAACGACGUUCACGUUAUCAGCGUAAACCGCCGGAAGAACAUAAGCGACGUGGUCCGAAACCCUUGCCAAAACUACCACAAACAUGUUAUGAAUGCAACAAAACCUUCAAGUGCUCCGCUCAGCUGCAAAUGCAUUUGCGCACACACACAGGCGAAAAGCCAUUUGGCUGCAGCUAUUGCCCCCGACGAUUUGCGCAAAAGUAUAAUUUGCAUAUACAUCAGCGUACACACACCGGCGAACGUCCAUUUCAAUGUGAGAUUUGCUCAAAACAAUUUUCCGCACUGGGUAAUUUUCAGGCGCACCAAAAGAUACACUCCGGCAUACGAGAUCAAUUGUGUCCCGUUUGUCAAAAGGCUUUCUACAACGCCGGUGAUCUCACCAAACACAUGGUUACACAUGCACAGCUAAAAAGUCAUCAUUGCGAUGUGUGUGGCAAGUCAUUUAGUCGGCAACGUGAUAUGCAAGCGCAUAAACGUAAACAACAUACACUACACGAACGCAGCGAAGAUGAUGAGGACGAGGCAGUCGAUACUACCUGCCCUGAUCCGAUAGUUGUUGUGGGCGGUGUAGUGCCAAACAGUUCGUUGCAAGGUACAGCUGUGCUUCAGGAAAGUUUCAAAUGUCCCGACUGUGAUAAAGAAUUCGGUUCGGCGAGCAGCUUAAGUGUGCAUUUUCGUUCUCAUGCCAGUAGUAAUCUUUUGAAUUUGCCGCUUACAAGUCAAAUGCCACAUCAUUAUCACGCAGCAGCACCACCACCGCCGCCGCCGCCAACCCAUGCUACCCUCACACAUGAUGGCCUACACCCGCACACACAUCAUUUGUCUUUGAACACACCAUUGCAGCCUAAUCAUCCCACACAUAUGACACACCAUCCGACAAUGGCACACAUGCUUGCAGCAGCACAGCCGCCACCUCCACCACCGCCUGCAGCAUCGGCACAAAGCACUGCCGCACUAUCUAUGAUGCAUGCGGCUCAGCGUUUGCAUCCUUUUUAAAACUCAGAUAGCUAAAUAUCAGUAAAUAAGAUAUUGUUGUGGGUAAUCUACAAAGCAGUGACCACAAUAAUUGUUUACAACAGUGCAAGCCACAAUUUGAUAGCAGCUUGCUGCAAAUUAAAGCAUUAAUAUCGUCUUAAGUAUGUUGUGUGUAUAUUUAUUUUUACGUAUAUGUAUAUUGAUAAAGUGUAUACAAAUGUGAAUGUUUUUCAU